AUGGAUGCUUCAGGUCAGAACAUGUUUAGGAUGAAGAUCAAGGUGUUGACAGAAAGAAUGUUCAAACAUCUUCGGAAAUGGUUUGUCACUCGCUUUUUGGGGCACCCUCGGCGAAGAACAAGGCUGGUUUCCAAAGAUGGAAGGUGCAACAUAGAGUUUGGCAAUGUGGAGGCACAGACAAGGUUCAUAUUCUUUGUGGACAUUUGGACGACGGUGCUUGACCUCAAAUGGAGAUACAAGAUGACCAUCUUCAUCACAGCCUUCUUGGGGAGCUGGUUCCUCUUUGGCCUCCUGUGGUACGCUGUGGCCUAUAUUCACAAAGAUCUCCCCGAGUUCCAUCCACCAGACAACCACACCCCUUGCGUGGACAACAUUAAUGGUUUGACCUCAGCUUUUCUGUUUUCUCUGGAAACGCAAGUGACUAUUGGCUAUGGAUUCAGGUGUGUGACCGAACAGUGCGGCACUGCCAUCUUCCUGCUCAUCUUCCAGUCUAUACUCGGAGUCAUCAUCAAUUCCUUCAUGUGUGGCGCCAUUUUAGCCAAGAUCUCCAGACCCAAAAAGCGUGCGAAGACCAUUACCUUCAGCAAGAAUGCCGUGAUCAGUAAGCGGGGCGGAAAGCUGUGUCUCCUCAUCCGAGUGGCCAACCUCCGGAAGAGCCUCCUCAUUGGCAGUCACAUCUACGGGAAGCUUCUGAAGACCACGGUCACUCCUGAGGGGGAGACCAUUAUUUUGGACCAGACCAAUAUCAACUUCAUAGUCGAUGCCGGGAAUGAAAAUUUGUUCUUCAUCUCCCCACUGACCAUUUACCACAUCAUUGAUCACAACAGCCCCUUCUUCGACAUGGCGGCAGAAACACUUCUCCAGCAGGACUUCGAGUUAGUGGUGUUUUUAGAUGGCACCGUGGAGUCCACCAGCGCCACCUGCCAAGUCCGGACAUCCUAUGUCCCAGAAGAGGUGCUUUGGGGCUACCGAUUUGCUCCCAUCGUGUCCAAGACCAAGGAAGGGAAAUACCGCGUGGAUUUCCAUAACUUCAGCAAAACAGUGGAAGUGGACACCCCUCACUGUGCCAUGUGCCUUUAUAAUGAGAGAGAUGCGAGAGCCAAGAUGAAGAGAGGCUACGACAACCCCAACUUCACUUUGUCAGAGGUCAACGAGACAGAUGACACUAAAAUGUAG